UAAACGUCUUCACUAUCUACAAUGUUGAUAACGUGCACCUUGAAGAUCUGUGCCUUGCUGGGCUUCCUACUCCUUUUCAAACCCAUCGAAAGUUUUGAUUUCGGCUGUACCGUCAACGGAAGCCUAGCGGUGUGUCCUUCAGUAUGUCCUGAAACCUGCGAGUACUCUGGUAUAGGACCUUGCGUAGAUAUGUGCGGCGGUCCUUGUGUGUGUAAGCCGGGAUGUAAUGAGAGGAUUCCGGCUUGUGUUCUGCGAUCAGAUUGCCCCAAAGAUGUGAUUCGUAAGGAACAAAUGACAGAAGGUCUAUUCAAUUUUAAAUGCUUUGGCAGAAAUUUAAAGUGUGUUGGGGACUUUUUUAAAACAAGGAGGUAAUCUUGAAAUUAAAAUGCAGUAAAAUUA